AAGGGAAUAAAAUCAGGUCACGGAGCCAGCAGCGGCAACCCGCUGGGGUCUCCGUUUCAGGCUGUGGAAGCUUUGUUGUUUCAGUCUUUGCAAUAACUCUUGCUGCUGUUCACCCUUUGGGUUUGUGCGGCUUUUAUGAGCUGUAACACUCCCCGAGAAGGUCUGCAGUUCCACUCCUGAAGCCAGCGAGACUGGGAACCCACUGGGAGGGAGGAACAACUCCAGACGGGAGACGCGAACAACUCUGGACGCGCCAUCUUUAUGAACUGUAAAAGUCACUGCGAGGGUCUGCGGCUUCAUUCUUGAAGUCAGCGAGACCAAGAACCCACCAAUUCCGGACACGAUCUGACUUAUCCUUGUAUGUGCUAAACUCAGUCUUUACCCACAAGUGAAUUUGUAACUGGUUAAUCUGUCCAUUGGGAAUGUUUACUGUGGGCCUACCACGUACCAGGGACUACGCCAUGUUAGGAAGACCUGCAUAGAGUUUACAGCUGGUCCUAGGCGAUGCUGAUGCUGCAGGCCCAAGGAUCACACCUGGAGAAGCAUGGACACCUUGUUGUAAACAGAAGAUCUACUGCUGACCAUAAGCUAGCAGCCAUGAGCUAUAGCUGAUGUAAGGAAGGACACAGAAGAACAGACCAGCCAGGGUGUUUCUCAAGGAGGAAGCAAGACAGCCCACAGAAACCCUUGUAGCCAGCCAGAGCUCCAACAAGCCCUUGAGAGACCCUGAGACUCCCAGAUCUUCAGGUUCUAUGUGCAAUAGAUGGAAGCCAAAUGGCAAGGUACUAGGGAGAUUGCCCCUCACCAUUCUGCAGGAGAACAACUCGUCUGGCACCCUGACACCAUGACAGAUAAACAGAACUGAGAGCAUUUGUCACUAGAAGACUUACAUUACAAGUAAUCCUAUAGUGUUCUGCAGACUGAAGAGCGAUGAAACGAGAUGGCAAUUCUGAUGCCUAGAAGAAAUGAAGACAACCAAAAAUGAUGUAGAUAAAUGGCAAGCAAAAAACGAGAAGUCCAGUUACAGGCAGAAGCUGACAACGUUGUGACUUUGCAGCCAUUUAGAGAUAAAUGUGAACCUGUUUUUCUCUUUAGUGUUAAUGGCAAAAUUAUCGAAAAGAUUCAGGGUGCAAAUGCACCACUUGUUAAUAAAAAAGUUAUUAAUUUGAUCGAUGAGGAGAGAAAAAUUGCAGCAGGUGAAAUGGCUCGACCUCAGUAUCCUGAAAUUCCAUUAGUAGACUCAGAUUCAGAAGUUAGUGAAGAAUCACCAUAUGAAAGUGUUCAGGAAUUAUACGGUAUUGCUAUUAUCAAACCGGAUGCUGUGAUUAGUAAAAAAGUUCUAGAAAUUAAAAGAAAAAUUACCAAAGCUGGAUUUAUUAUAGAAGCAGAGCAUAAGACAGUGCUCACUGAAGAACAAGUUGUCAACUUCUAUAGUCGAAUAGCAGACCAGCCUGACUUCGAAGAGUUUGUCUCUUUUAUGACAAGUGGCUUAAGCUAUAUUCUAGUUGUAUCUCAAGGAAGUAAACACAAUCCUCCCUCUGAAGAAACUGAACCACAGCCUGACACCGAACCUAACAAACCAUCUGAGGAUCAACCUGAGGUCGAAGCCCAGGUUACACCUGGAAUGAUGAAGAACAAACGAGACAGUUUACAAGAAUAUCUGGAAAGACAACAUUUAGCUCAGCUUUGUGACGUUGAAGAGGAUGCAACUAAUGUUGCUAAGUUCAUGGAUGCUUUCUUCCCCGAUUUUAAAAAAAUGAAAAACAUGAAAUUAGAAAAGACAUUGGCAUUACUUCGACCAAAUCUCUUUCAUGAAAGGAAAGAUGAUGUUUUGCGUAUUAUUAAAGAUGAAGACUUCAAAAUACUGGAGCAAAGACAAGUAGUAUUAUCGGAAAAAGAAGCACAAGCACUGUGCAAGGAAUAUGAAAAUGAAGACUAUUUUAAUAAACUUAUAGAAAACAUGACCAGUGGUCCAUCUCUAGCCCUUGUUUUAUUGAGAGACAAUGGCUUGCAAUACUGGAAACAAUUACUGGGACCAAGAACGGUUGAAGAAGCCAUUGAAUAUUUUCCAGAGAGUUUAUGUGCACAAUUUGCGAUGGACAGUUUGCCGGUCAACCAGUUGUAUGGCAGCGAUUCAUUAGAAACCGCUGAAAGGGAAAUACAGCAUUUCUUUCCUCUUCAAAGCACUUUAGGCUUGAUUAAACCUCAUGCAACAAGUGAACAAAGAGAGCAGAUCCUGAAGAUGGUUAAGGAGGCUGGAUUUGAUCUGACACAGGUGAAGAAAAUGUUCCUAACUCCUGAGCAAAUAGAGAAAAUUUAUGCAAAAAUAACAGGAAAAGACUUUUAUAAAGAUUUAUUGGAAAUGUUAUCUGUGGGUCCAUCUAUGGUCAUGAUUCUGACCAAGUGGAAUGCUGUUGCAGAAUGGAGACGAUUGAUGGGCCCAACAGACCCAGAAGAAGCAAAAGUACUUUCCCCUGACUCCAUCCGAGCCCAGUUUGGAAUAAGUAAAUUGAAAAACAUUGUCCAUGGAGCAUCUAAUGCCUAUGAAGCAAAAGAGGUUGUUAAUAGACUCUUUGAGGAUCCUGAGGAAAACUAAAGUAUAUACUGUGAAAACUUUGAGAAGAUAAUACAUAUGUUCACAUCAAUAUACAACCAUUUGGCACAGCUUCCUGGGAGGAAUAAGAAAAACAUGCUUUGGAGGAAAACUCAAGAUACAAAAAUGAAUGGCUAUGCAUAAUAACAAUAAAAAUGUAUUCCCCAAACAAA